CUCAGAGGAUGUCCUCCUUCCAGCUCAACCUCAACCUGCUCAAGGAGCUACUCAGCUUCAUCAAGGUCCUCGAGUGGAUUGCUUCUAUCUUUGCUUUUGCCACCUGUGGAGGUUUUAAGGGCAAAACAGAAAUUCAAGUGACUUGUCCUAAAGUUAGUGAAAAUAAGACGAUUACAGCUGCUUUUGCCUAUCCAUUCAGGUUGAAUGAAGCAUUAUUUGAGGCAAUUCCAGAUGCAAACGUGUGUGAUGUAAAUUGGAAAAAUUAUGUCCUUACUGGAGAUUACCCUUCUUCUGCACAAUUCUACGUUACAUUUGCAGUCUUUGUCUUCCUGUAUUGCUCAGCUGCCCUUCUGCUCUAUGUUGGUUAUAUGAACCUGUGUCGGGAUAGUCGAAACCUUCCCAUGAUUGGCUUCAUUGUUACUCUUGUUGCCACUUUUCUGUGGUUGGUGAGCACUUCAGCCUGGGCUAAAGCUCUUACAGAUAUUAAAGUAGCUACUGGUCACAGUAUUGUCAAGGAACUUCAGCCUUGUGACCAUCAAGAAGUGACAUGUUAUUUUGGCUCUGUGACUAGUAGCGGAUCCCUAAAUGUGUCUGUGAUCUUUGGCUUUCUGAAUAUGAUACUUUGGGGAGGAAAUGCAUGGUUUGUGUACAAGGAGACCAGUUCACACAAUCCAUCAAAUACUUCUGCUUCCCCCCAAGGAGGUAUUCCACCUCCUUCUGGAAUAUAA